CCCGACCUAAACCAGACUGCUGUGGGCGCCCGUCGCGCCGUUGGCUCGCCGGUUCGUAAGCAAGAAGGUGAGAAACGCAGCUGUUGUGGUGCUCGUUUGGGGACGGUGCCUCGCUUGGUAAACGAGCAACAACAGUAACCCUCGUCUCACAUGAGUCCCAUUCUGUGGACCGACAAGGGACGCGUAACGUCUAGUUAACCGUGACCCGGAAAAGCCCUCACCGACAUGUCAAAGCGAGAGGCGUUUUUUGACGCCGCCUGCAAAGAAAACGUAGGCGGCUUCCUGCGCUUCGUCCAGCUACACAAGGUCUCAUCAGACCCCUUCGAUGUGGAGGAAGUGGUGCAGGAGCUGCCCUGGGACCAGAGAGCGGCUCUGUGGGGCCGACUGGCCACACUUCUCCAGCAUGUCUUACUGGAGCUCCCCCCAGAGCAGUGGGGCUCUGUACCGAAGAAGGACAGGAUGGAGAGCGGGGAGGAGGCCAAAGACCCUAAACACGUUAUGUCUGUUGUGGAGGGCGUGACACUGGUGGUGACUUUGUCUGUAAAUGUCCUGCAAGAUGGUGACACAUAUAGCACUCUGCUGGACUGUGCUGAUAGGCUUCAUGAUGUUUUGGCCUCAAUGCCUGUCUCAGAGGCACCACUCCAGCUCUGCAUCCAGAAACUGUGUGAGGCCUGGUGGAAGAAAGGACUGCAGGAGAAGGAAAAGUUUGGCCGUACCGCUUUCCUCGUCUCUCUGCAGAAGAGCUUCAUUCUGAAGAAACCGGGGUCGGAGAUUCAGAGACUGUGGGUUCUUCAUGAUGUGCUUCUCGGGCUGGAUUUCACAUCAGAGGACAACAAGCAUAUCAUCAACCUGCUGUUACAGUGCUUCCUUUGUACCAGUUACAUCAGAAAUGAUGAUGGAAAGCGGUUCCUGGUGUUUCUCUUCAGCUGGCACAUCAACUUCAUCUGGAUGAUCCAUGGCACCAUCAAAAAUCAGCUGGAGUUCCUUUCCAAGACACUGGUCAACCAUAUUGCAGAGAUCUACUUUAGAGCGUGGAAGAAGGCUUCUGGGGACUUCCAAGAGAAGAUUGAGAGCAUCUGCAUUCAAAACUUGAUGGAGCAUGCUAUUCUGCUUCAUAGAGCAUCUGCUGCCCAUGCCAAAGUCAGACAGAUUGUGAGCUACUUCCACAAGAGGAAGGGCUGCAAUCAGGUGGACAAGAUGCUCUACAUUCUCUACAAGCCGAUUCUGUGGAGAGCCCUUAGCGCUCCAAACUUUGAGGUGCGUGCCAAUGCCACCUUCCUUUUCACUGAGGCCUUUGCAGUCCAUGACCCGGGUGAGGGCAGUGACAGUAUAAAUCAAACUAUUCAGAAGCAACUGGACACACUGAUGGUUCUUCUGGAUGACCCUCACCCCCUGGUGCGCUCCACAGCUACCCUGGGAGUUUGUAAGAUCCUGGCUGGAUGCUGGGAGCUCCUUCCCGCGACUGUCAUCACAGAUUUCUUGAAGAAGCUGGUGAUAGAGCUGGCAGCUGACACCAGCUCCCCGGACGUCCGUUGCGCCGUCUUCAAGUGCCUGGCUAUUGUCCUGGACAAUCCUCUCAGCCAUCCACUGUUGGAAAAACUCUUGCCAGCUCUGAAAUACAGCCUUCAUGAUAACUCGGAGAGAGUCCGCAUAGCUUUCCUUGAUCUCCUUAUCAAGGUCAAAGCAGUGCGUGCUGCCAAGUUUUGGGAUGUGUGUAACAUGGACCACCUACUGGCCCGCUUGGCCGUGGACUCCAAGCCAGUUUCCAAGCGCAUUGUCAACCUCCUGUUCAAGUCCUUCUUCCCCGUCAAUGAAGCGGAGGUGGAGUGGUGCAAUCGCUGCAUUACCCUCAUCCAGAUGAACCGAAAGGCUGCCAGGAAGUUCUAUCAGCUUGCCUACAUAUACACGGCGCCCACCAACAUAGUAAAACUGAUGCUGACCAUCCGGCGUGUUCUGAACAGCUGUGUCCAGAGUUCUGCUGACAUGACCGACAUGGAUGAAAGCAACAAAGAGAACAGCAGAACUAUCCUGUCAGGGAAAGACAUGGGCAUCGUGGCAAGUCUGCUGGAGGUGGUCGUUAUCCUGUGGAAAACCAUCGACAAGGCCCUGGAACACAACAAAGAAGCCAAAGAGUACGCCACAGCCAAGUUCUGCAAUGUUAUGUCGAAGUAUUUCAACACGUUCCAGGAUGAGCAAUGUACUGCUCCUCUUACAUUCCUGGCCUCUCUUAUGCCCCCAGCCACCGUUCCAACAUUCAGCUAUGGGGUUUUGUCCAGGCUGAGGAGGAUUGGCCCGGGGGCAGUGCAGAGACAAUACAGCCAGCUGAUCGACUGUUUGUGUGGCUGGGGGCAGGCAGGUGACAUUCUUCAGCUCAUCACUGAUUGGCUCAGCGAAGCCCUUCCCAAGAAGUCGGUUAAGGCUAGUGCUAGUCGAAAGGUGCAAAUCCAGGAAACGGUGGCGGCUAAACCAGACCUGGCGUUGGAUUACCUGGAGUACCUGUUCAGUUGCACCACAACACGGAUAAGCAUCUUGUCUCUCAACCAGGGCUUGCUGAAGCAACUCCACAAAGUCCUGGGCACCUGGAGGUUGGUGCUCUACACCCAUCUCACCUCCGGGACAGAUCCCAGUAAUCCCAGCGCAGAGGUCGCACUGAAAGCCUUCACGUUGCACUGCCGUCUAAGUGCGCAUCUGCAGCAUAGUUCCUCAGAGGGUCGUGACUACCUGCUGUCCCUGGAGUGUGUGGUGACAUGGGUGGCUGAAAGGGUGCUGCCGUUUCUGGUCACCCCUAGUCAGGGUGACGGGGCCGAGUCAAAGGAGCCACUGGCACUGGCAAGACAAAUAGUGGAGAGCUUCCUGACGGUGUGUCGAGACAUUUUGCUGGUGGGAUUGGUGGACGAGGAGUUGAAGGGUCAAAUGCUCCACCUGUGCUCACUCAUCCUGCUCUCAGAAAAGGGCUACUUGUGUAUUCCCCUACUGCUGCCUAUUGUGAAGGAGGUGGCAGAGAGCUUUGUUCCAAAAGAAACCCAGGAGGAGCAGCAGAACAAAAACCCCAUCAUUUUAAGCAUGGUUACCAGUACCUUCCAGAAGCUUGUUGAGCUCUUGGCUCAUUACCUUAGGAAGAAACCCGAGGAGGGUCAACAGCUUUGUCAGUCAACGAUGCCCAGCCUUUCAGACUUCCUCCAAGUGGUGCAGACCUGGGAAGGGAUUUCCUCCAAACCACUAAACGAGGUCUUCUCCACUCUCUUGGCUGGCAUCAUUGUGGAGAACCAAUACAGGAUCCAGAAGAUUUCUCAUCCUGAUGAAGUGACCAUCCUGCAGUCUGUGGAGGACAUGCCUCCUCUGUCCAGCAUGCUGCUGUCUGUUGUCCUCAAGUUGCCCCCUGUUACCAGGACCUUCCUGACGGAGAUCAGGUCUUCUCUUGACUCGGAAAACAUUGACUCUCUGAUGGGACUGGCUGCUGUUCUGAACAUCCUGAAUGUCAUCAGUCACACGAGGCAGGUCAAGGCAGCUUUGAAGGACACGGCCAUAUCUGUCCAAAGACAGCUUCAGAAACUUGCUGUCACAGCCGAGGACAGUGGAGACAUCCAGAGGGUCAUCUAUGAAUCCGCCGUGAAGACCUUGAAUGGGAUUCUGAAUUUAUGAACAAACACACCUAAGAACCAAUUUAGGUUUGUGUGAUGUGUAACCUGUACAUAAUGCUGAAAGGCUAGUAGUCUGUCUACUUUGAUUUCAGGUGGUUCUUCAACGCUGUGUCUGCCCCAUGUGUUUCGAAGACAUCUCUUACAUAUAGCGCUAUGUGAACGUUUA